AUGAAUGCCGAAAGGUAUCUCGCUAUCCUGCAAGAUGAAAUCUGGCCAGUUGUCAAUACCUGGGAGAACAUUGAAGACUUGAUUUUUCUGCAAGAUGGUGUCCUCCACAUUUUGGGGCAGCAUUAUUGAUCGUGAAUGGCUGAAGGAACAUUUUCCCGGGAGAUGGUUGGGUCGACGUGGUCCGCAUGAGUGGCCGGCCACAAGUCCUGAUUUAACACCCUGUGACUUUUUUCUUUGGGGUUUGUUGAAGGAACAAGUUUACUCUACGAAACCAAAGACUUUAGAAGAACUUGAAGGGCGACUACGAGAAGUUAUUUGUGCCACAAGAGUUCCUGCGAAGAUCAGUUGAUGCGAUUCCCAAGCGGCUUCAGAAGCUCGAAUACU